AUGAGUGUAAUCUGUGUUGGUAAUUGGAAGAUGAAUGGUAGUUUAAGUUUAGUGGAGGAGAUAGGUUUAGGUUUGAAUGGAGAGAAGUUUAAAGGGGUGGAAGUGAUUGUGGCUCCGCCUUAUACGUUAUUAGGUCGGAUGCGGGAAGUUUUGGGUCGUGAGUAUCAAGUGGGUAGUCAGGGUGUUUGUGGGCUGGCGGCGGCUGGGGCUUAUACGGGUGGUAUUGGAGUGGAUUUGUUAGUGGAUGUAGGAGUAGAAUGGGUGAUUGUUGGGCAUUCUGAGCGGAAGUUGCACUUUAAGGAAGAGGAAGGAGAGAGUUUGGCGGGAGUACGGAUGGGAUUACGUCAUGGUUUGGGAGUGAUUUACUGUUUGGGAGAGACGGAGGAGGAACGAGCGAGUGGUCGGGCCUUGGAGGUUUUACGGGCGAAACUGAAUGGACUGGAGGAAGUACUGGUUAAUGAGGGAUUGAUUGAUUCGGUUGGGUUAGAAGUACGGUUGUAUGUGGCUUAUGAACCUAUUUGGGCGAUUGGAACGGGGAAGGUGCCUAGUAAGGAAGAGAUUAGUGAGGUAGUUGAGUUAAUUAGAGGGUUUGGCCGGGGGAAGUUUAAGACGGUUCUUUAUGGGGGUUCGGUCGGACUUAAGAACAUUAAGGAUUUAUUGAGUAUUCAAGGCUUAAAUGGGUUCUUGAUUGGAGGAGCAUCUUUAUCUUUGGAUUUUAUUGAGAUGGCUAAACUAUGCAGUCAAGUUGAUUUAAAGCAAGAUUGA